GUGACGUAGGAGGAAGGAGACGCCAUUAGAGGGAGGCGGAGAGGGAGUGCUCUUCUCCUUUCGCCUGGUUGCCUGACGUGGUGGCUGGGGCCCUUCAUUCUCGGACUUGCCCUCGGCCCCUCCAGGCCUCGCCCCAGGAGACGAGCUAGGAGACGGCGCCCGGGGUUGGCGGGCCGGUGCGGAGCGGCCUGCGCCCGUGGCUGUGAGGGCGCCGCGGCGGCCGUGCAGGGAUCGGCGCUGCUCUAGGGUUCGGGUGGCCGGGGAGCGACGGGAUGGCUGCGGCCGGCGGCGGGGCGGCGGCGGGCCGAGCCUACUCGUUCAAGGUGGUGCUGCUGGGGGAAGGCUGCGUGGGGAAGACGUCGCUGGUGCUGCGCUACUGCGAGAACAAGUUCAACGACAAGCACAUCACCACUUUGCAGGCAUCAUUCUUAACAAAGAAGUUAAACAUUGGUGGGAAAAGAGUAAACCUUGCUAUAUGGGAUACAGCAGGUCAAGAGAGAUUCCAUGCAUUGGGUCCAAUUUACUACAGAGAUUCAAAUGGAGCUAUUUUAGUUUAUGAUAUAACAGAUGAAGAUUCUUUUCAGAAGGUAAAAAACUGGGUCAAAGAAUUGCGGAAAAUGUUGGGAAAUGAAAUCUGUUUAUGUAUAGUUGGUAAUAAAAUAGACUUGGAAAAGGAGAGACAUGUGUCCAUACAAGAAGCAGAAUCGUAUGCAGAAUCUGUGGGAGCAAAACAUUAUCAUACAUCAGCCAAACAGAACAAAGGAAUUGAGGAACUCUUUCUUGACCUUUGUAAAAGGAUGAUAGAAACAGCACAAGUGGAUGAGAGGGCAAAAGGCAAUGGCUCCAGUCAACCAGGAGCUGCCAGGCGAGGUGUACAGAUUAUUGAUGAUGAACCUCAAGUCCAGAGCGGUGGUGGAGGGUGCUGUUCUUCUGGAUAACUGUUCACACCUCAGAAAUUAAAACAAACUGUGGAUCAUUGCCCUCAACAUGAAGACUGCCAUAUUCCAAGUCACAUUAUUUUACCAAUGGAAUUAUAGAAUUAACAGUAUUUUAAAUUACGUUUAUAACACUGCAGAGACCUUAAGUGCUAAACUUAGUGGAGUUUGUGACCAGAGAAUUGGCAUUUUCUACAAAUGUUAACAAAGCAAUUACCAAUGGCCUUUUUACAUAUUUUUUUCUUUAAUAAGGAAUAAUAUGCAUGUAGAAAAGACCUACUUAAAGGCUUCAUUUAUAUUCUUUUAAAUCAAAUCUUUAUUUAAUAACUUAUAUAUGUUGUUGGAAUGGUAUACAUUUUGCAGCCCUUUGUAUUUUGUGGUAGUUUGAACUGUAUCACUUCCAAACAGUAAACUGUUUUUG